AUGGUUGACUCAGGCAGUUCGUCCCAAACGAAUAAGCUUCACCGGGAUUUAUUCGAAAGUAUUUAUUAUCUAUCUAUCUAUCUAUCUAUCUGUUCAUCUAUCUGUCUCACAUAUCUGAAGUGUGCCUAUAUUUCUUCUUCUUCUUCUUCUUCUUGUACCUGUUCUUCUUUUUCUUCUCCUUCUUUUCCUCCUCCUCUUCCUCCUUUUUCCUCUUUUUUUUCUUUACUUUCUUCUUCUUCUUCUUCUUCUUCUUCUUCUUCUUCUUCUUCUUCUUCUUCUAAUCCCUCGACUUUUCCCUCAUCUUUCUUUCUUUCGUCUUUCUUUUUCUGUCUUUCUUUCUUUCUUCUUUUUUGUUUUUCUUUCUUCAUUAUUUUUCUUUCUUCUUUCUUUCUUCUUUCUUUUUCUUUCUUUCAUCUUUCUUUCUUUCUUUCUUUUUCUUUCUUCUUUUUUCAUAUAUCCUUUUAUAUUCACUACUUUCUUUCUUUCCUUCUUUCUUUCUUUCCUUCUUUCUUUCUCUCCUCCUUUCUUUCUUUCCUUCUUUCUUUCUUUCCUCUUUUCUUUCUAAUCCAUAUCUUUUCUAUUCCAUUAUUCUCUCCUUCUUUCUUGAUUGCCUUCAUUUUAAAUAUUCUUUCUCUUUCAUAUUUUCUUUUCUUCUUUUUUCAUUGCUUUCACUUUAAAUUAAAAGAGUUAUUUCGGAAAUAUAAUACACACUGUCUCUCUCUCUCUCUCUUUCUCUGUCUGUCUGUCUGUCUCCCUUUCUUUCUCUCUCUCUCCCUCUCUCUCUCUCUCUAUCUAUCUAUCUAUCUAUCUAUCUCGUCUUUCUAUCGGAAUUUGAUUUUCUUUCAUUUGUUUUUUUACGGCCAAAGCGAUGGUCCGAUUUUAAUUUAA